AAUUGGUCUAAAAAUGUUGGUUCAAGAGAGGUUAAAGAUUUAAUAAAUGUAGUAACUAAUUGUCAUUCAAUAAAUAUAGGCAUUUUAGUUAUUCCUGAUUGUGGAGUUUUUUCUAAAGGGGCAAAAAAAGUAGCUUUGUCAUCUGAAAAAAUCAUUUUGACAAAAAAAUCUAAUAUUUUUUCAGAUAUGGCUAAAUUUGUUAAAAAUAAUAACAAAUUAAAAAAAGCUUCGACAUCAUUUCUUCUAGAUA